AUGUCUGAUUUCUCUAAACAAAUGAAUAAAAAGUUGAAAAGUAGUAGACCAUCAAAAUUGAUCUAUUAUUGUCAACUAUGCGAGAAACAAUGUAGGGAUGAAAAUGGAUUUAAACAACACAAUAGAUCAGCUCAUCAUUUGAAAAUGAAAGCAAAAUUAACACCCAAAGAUAUUGAAGCUUUUAAUAAGAAUUUUGAACUUGAUUUCUUAACGUUCUUAAGAUUAUCGCACGGUGAAAAAUGGAUCAAUGCCAAUAAGGCGUAUAAUUCAUAUAUUUUGAAUAAUAAAGACCAUAUUCAUAUGAACUCUACCAGGUUUACAUCCUUAACAAAAUUUAUCAAAUAUCUGGGUACAAAAGGGAAAAUUAUAGUGAAAAGAGAAGAAGAGGAUAACAUUUCUGUUGCAGAUGGAAAGGAAGACGUAUAUUACGAUGCAGAUGAAAGAGAAGAAAUAAAUUGUAACAGGCUACUGAUACGAUACAUAGACAAUUCCAUUGAGAAUGUACAAAGAAGGCAAAAACUUGAAAAAUUACAAAAUUCUAUUAUAAGUGAGGAGGAGAGUCGUCAAGAAUUGUUAAGGAGACAGAUGCUGAAAAGUAAAAACGCAGACACCAUGGAUCCGGAUGAAGAAAAACAAACAAACGAUAAGGAACCAAACAGAACUAACACAAAGAGUUUUCAUUUAUCAUUAAAUACUGGUGGUAACAAUAAAAUAUCUAAAAAAAAGAAAUUAAAAAGAAUAACAUUUUAG